UUCUAAAAAAAAUACAUCUGGCAUCCCGGUGUGUUUAAUAAACCUUUGGUUAACACUAACCAAAGAUUGUAUUGUUUUAGAAUUUUUGCAACAAAUUUAAAGAAAAUAUUUGAAAUAAAUUCUCUAAUAAAAGUUAUCUAUUUCCCUCGAGAUUAGCUUUAAUCUCUGGUUAAAUAUAAAACAAAAUAACACAUAUUUGUUAUUGAAAUCCCGUUAUUUCAAAUUCCUACAAACAAAAUGAAACAAAAAGAGAAACGUACGCGUUGCCAAAAUUUCUCCCUACAGGAAGAAGACAUCCUCAUCUCUUUAGUGGAACAAUAUAAAGAUAUAGUGGAGUCCAAGAAAAUCGAUGGCAAAACAUCGAAAGAAAAACACGCAACAUGGGAACAGAUACAAAAUGCCUUCUGUACACAUACAGGUACCUUUAGGACGGCAAAAAUGUUAAGGGAAAAGUAUGAAAACAUGAAAAAGAAGGCCAAAUUGUUAAUGGCCACACAAAACAACGAAGAUAUGGAAACAUCAUCCUGCAGUUGUACCCAAUUACGCAGCACAACAAUACAACGUUUGGUAGGUGUAUUAGCGGAAGCAGCAGCUGCACCCGUAGACAAUAGUUUUGAGGAGAUCACUAGAGAAAACAUAAAGAAAGAAGAAACCUGGAAUGAUGUAGAUAUUGAAGCUGAAGUUUUAAACGUUACGCCUGAUGUACAAAUAUUAACGCAUGAAAAUUGGAAGCCACCAACGAAAAAAUCCAAAAAAUCCUUAAGAUUGAACAAAGCUAAAAAACGUAAAAUAUUAAAUUAUGAAAAGGCCACCUUAAGAUCAGCUAAAGCCAAAUUGAAAUUCUUUAAAAAUGAAGAAAUACGGGCGGCACAACGUCAUGUCUGGGAAAGAGAACUGAAUGAGAAGCGUUUAAAGUGGGAGGCCGAAUUGAAUGAGAAAAAACUGGAGUUACUGAAUGUACAAAUAGAAAAGGAGAAAUAUCACAUGAAUUUGUAACAGAACUAAGGCACGGUCAUAGGUAUGUAAAGUGGUUACCGAGUAAUUGUUUUAAUAAAAAAAUACGUGCCUAAAUGAAAACUCUUAUAAAUUUUUGAAAAAAAUCUAUAUAAUAAUAUAAAAAUUAUAUAACAAUUUAAUUUUUAUAAAAUUUAUAAAACAAUUACUCGGUUACUUGUUUAAAAUUCUUCUUACUGAAAUAUUUAAAACGGUUACUGGAGUACUCGUCUAAAAAUGUUUAAAAUAUGUAAACAAUUUUUUGAAAUAAACGUUAAUUUACUAAAAAUAA